CUCGGUUAUUUCCGGAUAAGAAUGAAACCGAUGCAACGACAGUUAGGGCGUAGGCUAUCCUAUGACAGUUCCCUACCUUUCACAUUUUUUUAAAAGCACACAGUUGGUUUGGUUAGACAGCGGUAGUAGUAGGCUACCGUUUUUUUUGUUUCUGUUUGGAAGGAGAAUAGCCUAUAGGUCAAGGAGUCCGUCAGGGACUUCCUUCAGUAGCCUGCGAGUUCACAAAGCUAGACGUAGGCCUACCGCUGUGGUGCGUAAUAUGACCGCCGCAUUUAGUGAGAGAAGGAGCAAGAAUGAAAGGAAAUAAGAAGAUAUUUUCCGUUCGAAGAAAAAUGUGUAAUCUCAAAUGAUAGCAUUCCUGGUAACAAUAGACAAUUCUAACAAUUCUGAGUGAAAGUUUAAGGAACUACAUGUGUGAAUGUGGUGGCUGUGCACUGAUAGGACGUGAUGGACUCUGAUGAACCAGAUGUGAAGAAGAAGAAGAGGAGCGGAGCCUCUGAAGGGGGCGUGUCUACAUGUGACUCUGAAGGGGGCGUGUCUACAUGUGACUCUGACAGCGUCCAGCAGGGGGCAUCAGAAACACAGUCCAAGAGGACAGACGAGACAAAGAGGCACUCUGCUGAAGAACACAGAUGGACACCAGAAGAGGCAGAGGUCCGUGAGAAACUCAGAUCCACUCUGAAGGGGAAAUUUCAGCAUCUGGCUGAGGGAGUACCACAUCAGGGUGACACCAGACUCCUCCAUGAGAUCUACACAGAUCUCUACAUCACAGAGGGGGGAAGAGGAGGGGUCAAUAAUGAACAUGAGGUCAGACAGAUAGAGAGAGCAUCCAGGAGAGAAGCAGAUCGAGGCAGACCAAUCAAAUGCAGUGACAUCUUUAAACCCUUAUCUGGACAAGACAAACACAUCAGAACAGUGCUUACAGAGGGAGUGGCUGGCAUUGGAAAAACAAUCUCUGUGCAGAAGUUCAUUCUAGACUGGGCUGAAGGAAAAGCCAAUCAGGAUGUCUACUUAAUAUUUCCUCUUCCUUUCCGAGAGCUGAACCUGAUGAAGGAGAAGAAAAUCAGUCUGGCGGAGCUACUUCAACACUUUCACCCAGAAAUAAAAAAUCAACCAAUCUUCAGCAGUUCAGAGCACAUGUUUAUCUUUGAUGGUCUGGAUGAGUGUCGACUUCCUCUAGAUUUCCACUCCAACCCAAGGUGUUGUGAUGUGACAGAGCCAGCCUCAGUGGACGUGCUGCUGACAAACCUCAUCAAGGGGAAUCUGCUUCCUUCUGCUCGCCUCUGGAUCACCACCCGACCAGCAGCAGCUCAUCUGAUCCCCCCUAAGUGUGUGAACCAGCUGACUGAAAUAAGAGGAUUCAACAACUCACAGAAAGAGGAGUACUUUGGGAAGAGAAUCAGUGAUGAGAAUUUGGCUAACAGAACCAUCACACACCUGAAGUCAUCCAGGAGCCUCUACAUCAUGUGCCACAUUCCAGUCUUCUGCUGGAUUACCGCCACUGUUGUGGAGAGAACUUCAGAUGAAUCGGGGAGUGUACAAAUGCCAAGGACUCUAACUCAAAUGUACACACACUUCCUGAUCAUUCAGACAAGCAUGAAAAAGCACAAGUACACAGGGAGAAAUGAGACAGAUGAAGAGAUUAUUUUCAAACUGGGGAAACUGGCUUUCCAACAACUGGAGAAUGGCAAUCUGAUCUUCUAUGAGGAAGACCUGAGAGAGUGUGGCAUUGAUGUCACAGAAGCGUCAGUGUACUCAGGAGUGUGUACUCAGAUCUUCAGAGAGGAGGCUGGGCUGUACCAGGGGAAGGUGUUCAGCUUUGUGCAUCUGAGCAUUCAGGAGUAUCUUGCAGCUUUAUAUGUGUUCCUCUGCUUCAGCAACACAGAGAGAAACAUGCCUGACCAACAGCAAACCUCUCAGCUCUCUGCUCUGUUCAGAGCUUCAACACUUCAUGACCUACACACGACUGCAGUGGAUCUGGCCUUACAGAGUGAGAACGGACACCUGGACCUUUUCCUCCGCUUCCUUCUUGGCCUCUCUCUGGAGUCCAAUCAGAAUCUCCUAAGGCACCUACUGCCACAGACAAGAAGCCAAUCACAGAGCCCAGAGCAAACAGUUCAGUAUGUCAAGGAGAAGAUCAGAGACGAGGCGAUCAGAGACGAGGAUACUUCAGACAGAGGGGUUAACCUGUUCUACUGUCUUAAUGAGUUGAAUCACCAUGCUGUAGUAGAGGUCAUUGACAGGAGCUCAGGAACUCUGUCUGUAGUCAUGCUCUUACCAGGACAGUGGAAGACUAAGAGGUUUAAGUUUGAGAUUUCAGGAGAUCACCUGGAUGAGUUUGAUCUGCAGAAGUACAUAAAGACACCAGAGGAAGAUCUGACUGAACUCCUCAGUCCAGAUGAAUUUCUUCAGAGGCUGGUGCCAGUGGUCACAUCAGCUUGGCUGAGGAGUUGUUCCCUCACAGAGAAGAGCUGUGCUGCUUUAGCAUCAGCUGUCAGAUCAACCCCCUGCAGUUUGAAGACGCUGGACCUUAGUGGCAAUCCUCUUCAUGAUGCAGGAAUUCAGCAUCUCUCAGACCUCCUCAAGAGUCCCCACUGCAAGCUGGAGACACUAGAGCUGGUGGAGUGUUCCCUCACAGAGAAGAGCUGUGCUGCUUUAGCAUCGGCUGUCAGAUCAACCUCCUGCAGUUUGAAGACGCUGAACCUGAGUCUGAAUCCUGAUCUUCAUGAUGCAGGGAUUCAGCAUCUCUCAGACCUCCUCAAGAGUCCCCACUGCAAGCUGGAGACACUAUUGCUGAUGCAGUGUUCCCUCACAGAGAAGAGCUGUGCUGCUUUAGCAUCAGCUGUCAGAUCAACCUCCUGCAGUUUGAAGACGCUGAACCUGAGUUUCAAUCGUGAUCUUCAUGAUGCAGGAAUUCAGCAUCUCUCAGACCUCCUCAAGAGUCCCCACUGCAAGCUGGAGACACUAGUGCUGCAGAUGUGUUCCCUCACAGAGAAGAGCUCUGCUGCUUUAGCAUCAGCUGCCAGAUCAACCUCCUGCAGUUUGAAGACGCUGGACCUGAGUUACAAUCGUGAUCUUCAUGAUGCAGGAAUUCAGCAUCUCUCAGACCUCCUCAACAGUCCCCACUGCAAGCUGGAGACACUAGAGCUGCAGCAGUGUUCCCUCACAGAUAAGAGCUGUGCUGCUUUAGCAUCAGCUGUCAGAUCAACCCCCUGCAGUUUGAAGACGCUGGACCUUAGUAUCAAUCCUCUUCAUGAUGCAGGAAUUCAGCAUCUCUCAGACCUCCUCAAGAGUCCCCACUGCAAGCUGGAGACACUAGUAGUUGAUCAAGGUAUCUUCAGAAAGGAGAGUCCAGCAGCAGCAGCAGCAGCCUCAGAUGACCAAGACCAAGACCUGCAGCAUCCAGGAGCACAGCUGCUCUCUGUGGACACUCCCAAGGAGGAGUACCACAGUGAAGAUCAACAGAAGAGCUGUGAAGCCUGUAAUGAAGUUCCAGACUCCAGCCACUGGGUCCUGGUGGAGCCUGACGUCUCCACAGAGAAGAGCGUUUCAACCUACAGCCUGAGCUCUCCUGCAGGGAGGUAUGAGUGCUCAGAGUCUGGUCUGCGCUGGUCGUGUGCUGGUCAAGUCACCCUGCAGUACCGCUUCAUAGACUGGCAUCUCUUGGCUGGAGAGCUGCCUCACAUGCAGUACAGACCAGCUGGCCCUUCGAUGGACAUCAAGCUCAUCUCAGGAGAGCUGGAGGAGAUCCACCUGCCACAUUUCCUCUGUUUGGGAGGUAGUCAGUCCUGUCUGAAGGAUUUUGGGAUGGUUCUGCAUAAGAGGGACAGUGGAGUGUGUUUGGAAAAGUGUGAGCUGAGUCGCUUCCAUGCCAGGCUGGUGAAGCCCUCCUUUUCUUGGUUUGCACCAGUUCUUGUUUUGUACUCUUUGAUAUCUUCCCUGUGCCCUUGGAUAAAGAUCCAUGCUGAUGUUAGAAUCUAUCAGAGCAGCAUAGAUUCAUUAAUUUUCCGCACAUACCUCCUGCCAGCAAAUACCCGUCUCAGAAAGUUAAUAAAGGACCAAGAAUUGGAGGAACGAUACAGAGGCGUCAUGCUCGCCAAGGACCGGCCUAAGAAAUGUCUUCCGAUGGAUAAGUCUUAUGUUUUAAAGACCACCUGCAAUGCCUAUAUCAGUUCAGGAGAACUAAACCUUACUUACAACGAUGAUGUUCCCAACUACAUCGAGGUGCACCUAAGCGAGGCUGUCGACUUCAAGAUGGAACUUCUCAGCUCUGUAGACCAACAGCAACACUGGGAAGCAAAGGUCCGGAAAACUGAAUGCCUUUGGAACAAAUCCCAACAGGGUGGUGAGAGCACAUUAGAUGCUGAAGAAUUCCUCUUCAGACAUCGGGCAGUUCUUAUUCAGAAGGUUCAGAACGUGAUACAGAUAGCAGAUCAGAUGCUGUCACAAAAACUUAUCAAAAAAGAAGUGUAUGACAACAUCAAAGUGGAACAGACUGAACAGGAGAAGAUGAGACGCGUGUUUGAUGCCCUGGUAUCUCAUGGGCCUGGAGGGAAGAGGGAGUUCCUCAGAAUCCUCCAGAAGGAAUGCCCUGACCUGCUGCAAGAGUUGGGCAGAUGAUCCUCCUGACCAUGGGACUCCUGGAUGGGGAUUAUGUUCAAAUAUCCUUCAGCUAUUGAUUCAUAGCUUUGUAACUUUGGCUGUACUUGUACUCAGAUGGUCAGUGUAUAGGAGUAUGGAGCCACAGUUGGCAUUUCCAAAGUGCUAUGAAAUGAAAUUAGAGAGGUGUUCAUAAUGUCAAAUUGUAUUUUCUGUUUUUCAUAAUGCUGUUAUUGAUACAUUUGAUGGCUACAUUUGUUUACAUACAUCAUAGGGGAAGAUAUAAGGGAAGUAUGGAUUUGCAAUAAAUUUAGCAAUACUUGAAAUAUGAAAGUGGAGUCAAAAUAUUAAAUAUUUUUCCUCCACAUAAGAGUUGGCCUUCAGUGGUUGAAACUCAUACUCCAAGCCCUGGGGAGAUGUAUAUAAUAGGUAUAUAUUUUGAUUAUUAUUUUUCUUCAGAUUAGCAUUUUCAUAAAAUAUAUAUGUUGAAUCCUGAAAUGUAUACAUAUUCAUAUUUUCUUAUAAUAAAUUAGGAUGAUGAAGGUUGUUGUAAUUACUGUGAUGGAUGUUUUUUCAUUAAAAUGGACUAUCAUUA